AUGGCCGACUCCUGGUCCCGCGGCUCGUCUGGCAUCAUCAUUUCAAUAGUAGUAUCGACCUUGAUGAUCCCUACCUUCGUGUGGGCGAAUGGCAUACCAAACGUCUUCCCAAUCGAGACCACCGUUCAAUUGUGGAAUAAGUCUACGGUCCAACGUUGGAAUCACUCUACUUUUUCCGGUCUGAUAUAUCCCUCGGCGAUUGUUUCUUUGGGUAAUAGUGACCACAAACGCCGUUCUCUCACCGCUUCGCCAGUUAAGAUGAAGGAUGCUAUUGGAUGGGUGUCGUGGCAGCCACCACUGCCGCAUAACACUAUACCGGCCCUCACCGGGCCUAACAAAUCUCCGCUACCUCCCCUUCUCACUUUUAUGAGUACUAUAAGUGCCAGCGAAUCUCCUACAACAACUGUCUUAGGAAUGGGCAACGUGACAACUACAACCGACGACGACGAGUGUGCCAGAAAUCGGAUGGCACUGGAUUGCUCGACAAUGUCCCGAAGCUCUCCUCAACCCGACUGGUUCUCGCUCACAACCUCCUGGACCAACGUGAGUCGGUUGGGCACAGUCACGAGUAUUUCAUCUGCGUCAGCUUUGGAUACUCCUGAGGAGACUACGUCAUGGAGUCCUUCACCAUCCACGGUCUCCAUUCUCAAAUCCGUGAUGAAUUCUUCUUUAACGUACGAAACGGUAUCCGCCUCGGAUGGGCCUAAUGUUGCGACCACCUCCUUCACUUCUUCCACGGCGACUACCUCCAGUUUCAUUUUUGCAUCCUCACCUGGUGCUCCCGGGAUAUCACCAGGCAGCCCCCUCACCGGUGGUGAGGCGCUCGUGACUCGGGCGCAGUAUUUGCUGAAAGUCCUUGGAGCUCUGAACAUCCUCUUCUGGGCUAUGUAA